AUGCGUCAAACUAGACGGAGUUUUAGAGACCGUCGCGACGGAGCAAGCGCUGGCUGGGAUGAUCAGGGAGGGUACAUGAGUGCCAAAAUCCGCAAAUUGGAGGCACAGUUUGCUGAGAAUGGUCAGAAAACUUUAAUCUUCUCUGGAAUUCGUGUUUUCGUGAAUGGCCAUACAGAACCACCAGCCCUGGAAAUAAGGCGGUUGGUUCAGGAAAAUGGUGGGACAUUUGUGCAAUACUACUCACAGUCUGCCGGAGAUUUUAUGGUCGCUGCAAAUCUGCCCCUGAGUAAGAUCAAGAAGAUUGGCAAUCAAAAGGUGGUCAGAGCCUCUUGGAUUACCGAAAGAGCGCUUGGGAAAAUACUUGACCAAGUCUCUGAGGUCAGUAAAAACGAUGAUCUUGCGAGCUGGAACGACCUCAUGUCCGGACAUGAUUUCUCUACCGUCAUAUCUGCCGGUUCUGAUGAUUCAAGUUCGGACGCCUCACGAGACAGCCUCCCGUCCAAGGCUGUCACCGACUCUCCCAAGGGAGAUCAGGUAAAGGAGAGGGAGGGGACCGUGUUGCCGACCACAAGCGAUGACUACAUCCGGCGGUACUACUCGCGCUCGCGUCUCCAUCACCUCUCGAAGUGGGCGGCAGAUCUGCGCUACCUCGUGCGCUCACUACGCCUCCAGGCGCAGGGGGGAAGUGGUGCAGACGGUACAGAGUUGCUACGUGCAGAGGUACAGCGUCUCCAGGCGGCAGGGGAGCCGACAGAAUUGGUAUUGCAAACCGUUGGCUCAUCCGCUGCUGACGCACGUCCGCUACUUCCCCGUCUCCUCAUGCACAUCGACAUGGAUUGCUUCUUCGUGUCUGUCUGUCUGAGACGCCGACCUGAACUCGUAGGUCUCCCCGUUGCAGUAACUCACAAUAAAGGGACGAAGGCUAAAUCUUCCCUUUCAGAGGUUGCUUCGUGCUCGUACGAGGCCAGAAGAUUCGGUGUCACUAACGGGAUGCACCUCGGCGAUGCUCGUAAGCUCUGCCCCGAUUUGAGAACCGUUCCCUACGAAUUCGACGCUUUCUACCAAGUUGCUGAAGUUCUCUACAAAACUGUUUCCAGAUUCUGCUUGCAAAUCGAGGCACUCAGUUGUGAUGAGAUGUACGUGGACGUGACAGAAUUGCUUGGGGUGAGAAAGGAGAAGGCGGGCAUCCGUCUGACGAGUCCGCUGGUUCUGGGAGCGCUUAUGCGAAGGCACGUGCGCGCAGCGACGCAAUGCACCGCGACCUGUGGCUUCGGUACCAACCGUCUCCUCGCCCGCCUCGCCACGAAGCGUGCUAAGCCCAACUCCCAGGCUCUUCUUCUCGGCUCCGCUUGGCGCUGCCUCGACCUCCCAUCGCCGCCCUCAUCGUCGUCCGCGACAGUGAGCAUCUGCGAGCUCGCCAGUCAGGAUGGGUGCCGUUAUCUGGAUGAUCUGCCUCUCUCACAACUACCUGGUGUGGGAAGGCACAUGGUUAAACGAAUCGCGCAGACUUAUGGCGUCUUGACGUGUGGUCAACUUCUGAAGGCAGUCACUCAUACUCAGCUGUCUUCUUUGCUGGGUGCGAAGACAAGUCAAAGAAUUUUACAGCUCUGUCGAGGGAAUGAUUCAUCUGAGUUAACCCUGGACAGGUACGCCAAAUCAAUUUCGGCUGAGAUAAACUACGGUGUCCGCUUAUCUUCAUGGUCAGAAGUAGAAAAAUUCGUGGGUGACUUGGCGAAUGAGCUCUCUUCCCGAUUAAGGAACGCCGCCGCGGAGUCAAAGCGAGGAUUUGGCGUGGUAGGAAAGAGCCUUGCCGUGCAUCUCCUUACUCGAAGGCCUGAUCAGCCCGUGGAGUCAGCCAAGUACCUGGGUCAUGGGAUAUGCGAUAAUUUUACGAGGAUUGUUCCACUCUCCAAGGCCACCGCAGAUUCCACGUCUAUCGCUAGCUCCUGUCUCUCUGUUCUUCGACGUCUCGACCCCAAUCCGUGUGACAUUCGCGGGCUGGGCCUUCAAAUGCAGCGUCUCUCACCCUCCUCACCGUUGAAAAACCAGUCAUGUUUAGAGGGGGACAAAUCAAAACGUGAUCCGCCCGUAGAAACAGCUUCGUCGAUCACACGAUUCCUAAAGCCUCUAGAUCUUGACCAGAGUAACCACACUGACAAUUCAUCCACUUCAAAUGAGGACAUCAAAGACCCUGAUUCUCUGUCUGAUUUCGGUGAUGUAAUGUCAACCCCUUCUGCUGAUUUUGAUCACCUGUCCCCAUCGGAACCGAGCAGUCCUGCUCAUUCCAUCGAACAACAAGAAAGUCCGCACAAGCUUCUCACGGAAAGUAACCAGGAAGAGGAAGAAAAUGUACCUCUGGUGGACCUCCUUCCACACCAAGAAAACAGACCGCUUGAGGAGGUCAAUGUGUUCGCCAAAAGGUCGGUGGAGGAAUUGCAAAACAUGUUCGCAACGUGGAUCACUACGGAAUCGAAUCCACUGGAGGAGGACCUAUGCAUGCUAGCUGACUAUCUCAUCUCCAUCUUGCCGACGGACCUUGCACGGGUGCGUAUUCUUCUGCGCGGCCUGAGGCGCCUUGUUGAGGGCGAGGGGGAGGCGAUUGGUUUCGAACGCAGGACUGGUGGCGACGCGUGGCGUCUCGCGUUCCGUCGCCUUCGCCUCACCAUUGAUUUCGCCUGCCGUCGUCAUUAUGACGCCGAUGUGCUCGAAAUCGACCUCUAUUAG